CGAGAACAAAAACAUUCUACGGAUGUAUUCGCAAUGGGCCCCAUCACAAAUAGCCGGAUACGAGUUUACGGCAUGUCUACAUUACUAAUUAUCAAAACAAUUACUCGAAGAAUACACCUAUCACGACCUACGUCAGACAUGCGAAACAAGAAGAUAAGUUAUUUGUUGAAUAUCCCUAUGCUUACUGUCAAAUUUCAUUGAAUACUUGACCGUCGAAAUCAGCUGACAUCUUAAAAUAUAAAAAUAACAGACACGUACGUACUAGUACGAAUACAGUGUCCACACGAAUUGUUGUUUCGCCAUUUUUACCCUUGCUAAGAAAACGAAUUUAUUCAUCAACCAAUUGUAACGAAAUCAUUUUUGUUGCGAUAAUGAAUUUAUCCCGUUCAUUUGAUUUUUAUCGGAUAUUUACUGCGGAGUCGUAGUAAUCAUACAAGUGCAGCCGGUCUAUCCUUGUUAAAUUGACACGAGAAUUACAUCGAUCGUUGUUAUCUCUUAUCCCACUCGACUCGCGUAAUGUCAAUUUCUUUCGGUCAAUUUGCUUGUUACGUUUUUCCUCGUUAUCUCGAUCGCGGGUGCCGAAGCAGUUUGUUCGGUCCUGAGGUGUAGCGAGCAGACAGCGUGCAGUCGAUAUGUAGCAAUGGGAUCAAGUAUGUCGCGAAUAGUAUGGAAACCUGUUUGAUUGUACAACGCUAGAAUCACUACUAUAAGAUCGAAUUCUGACACAAUGGGUUCAGAUGUUAAGCAACAUUCUCAUCUAGAUAAAAUUGUCGAGUGACGAGUAAAAGAUCAACAACUUCUCGUUCGUUACUGGUUGAAUAAAAAUUAGACUUUGAAUUACACAGUGUCGUGACACCAGCUGUUGAUAAAAUGAAUACGAUAAAGGAAACAAAGGACUUGAAUGUUUCCUACCACCACCUCCUCCACCGCCUCUCCCAGCCACAUCACCGAAAAACAACAAUGUACCGAUCAGGAUGGAACCGAGGCAGGAACAACAGCAAGAACCGAUAACGAUGGAAACGACAACAACCAGCGUCCCAGCCAACAACGAAACCACAGCGAAUCUAACGACGCCGACGCCGACGCCGACGCCGACGGUUCAAGGACCGGUGACAUCGUUUCCAACCGUUCCCGUGCCAACUCCGUACAUCAUCCACCCAGCGAUGCAACCACAAACUCCUGGACAACCAGCGACACCCUGGUGGGUGCCCACGGACGCGGACACAUCGGACCUGUACGCGCGAUGGUACGACACGACCUACAAGGCGACAGCUGUGGCGAUCGCAUCGCCGCCGAUCCAAGUACCUAGCAAACCCAAGAACAAGCAUCACAAACGCAAGAACGAGUUCAUCGAUCCCGCGCAAGAUGCAGAGAAAGUCGCGAGCGCCCAGAGGGAACUGUCAGCGCUAAUGAAACCGCUGAAAUGCGAUCUCUGCAACGCAGUUAUGAACUCUACGUUGCAAGCGAAGUUGCACUACGACGGAAAACCGCAUCAAAAAAAGGUGUCGAUGUUUCUCAAUCAAAGCGUAAAAAAGCUAAAGACAGAGGAUGGGCAAGUCAACAGUACGACAAACGAUUGGCAAAAUUAUUGCGACAUUUGCAAAACGUGGUUCACGUCGCAAACGGACGCGACGCAACACUACGCCGGUAAAAAGCAUGUUAGAGCAGCGAACGGCGGACGUCGAGCGAGGCCGUCGAAGAAGUCGCGAAAUCAGAGUCAGUACAAUCAAUUAGAUCCGAGCGGUCGGUUCGCGAUAGGAGUGUCGUUCCAGGCGGAUGUGCCAUCCGCUGCACCGGUACAACCAGUGAUACCAGAAGCAAACACGGCGUUGGUGGCCUCAACGCCAGGAACAGGAGCUGUCUACACACCACCGUCUCAUCCCACACCAUUGCGUUGCGAUUUGUGCGGAGUCUCGGCUAACCGUCAAGACCAACUAGAAACGCACAAACGUGGCGCCAGACACCUGCGGAUGCUAAAACUGAACGGAUUACCCGUUCCCGAAUCUGCCACCGAGAACGAGAGUAUCCCUGCCAUACCUGGACCUAUAGAUUACUCUAUUUACCGAACGCCAUCUGGCCAGUAUUACUGCGCGCCGUGUAAUCUCUCGUUGAACUCGGAGAGCACAUUUGCUCAGCACGUGGAGAGCAAAAAGCACAAGAAUCAGUCGAACCCAAAGUCACCGUCGAACGCGGCGGUGGUGUCGAAGAAAGCCAAAUGCAAGAAGAAAUAAGUCCACGAGUACAUCGUGCGGAUGCACGAUCCAAAAACCAUAACACUUGGUCGCCUGUCCAUUGUUUUCACCGAAACCUAUUCUCCCAUAUUCCCGGACACGCGAACAUAUUGUUUCGUCGCAUAACGCAAGGCACGCUGGUCUGUGUUCAGAAAUGAAAAUAAAACUCUUGUUCGAUACAGAUGGGUAGCAAUGUCA